CGCCUUUCGAAGAAGAUAGAUACGUCGUUAAAGAUGAUGGUUAAAGUGCCGCUGGUGAUGCUGAGUGGACUGGCGGCGUUCACCGAAGCGUGGCCACGAGCGAUCAAUCUGUAUUCUAGCCAAGAUCAGCUGGACACUCGAACCUUUGACCCGGACGACGUCCCUCCUCACGUCCCUCAGUUUGACGAGAUCGUCAAGGCUGCGUAUGCCGUGCUCACCGCCAACUUUGACGACCAGAUGAAUGCUACAGCUCCAGGACCGCAGGAAGACAUUGGAUUUCAGCACAUUAACUCUCGCGACGCAUUGCUGUCGGCGCAAGCGUUGGCCCAUCGAGACUUUAGCCAAGCCACCGCGCAAUUCAAGUCUUUGUUGCGCCAUCAGUGGUCCAACGGGUUCAUGCCGGACCUCAUCUACGGGCCGUCCGUGGGUGCGUCGUUGAAGUGGCUGCCCACAAACAAAACGUUCUAUCCAGGGCCAGCGUUUUGGGGGUCAUCCACGGCACCGUCGGACGCCAGGACCAAUUCGAGCACGUCGGGCAUCCUCGCGCCGCCCUUGCAUGCCGAAACGGCGAUGCGCAUCUUUUAUUUGGCACCGCUGGACACGUCCAUGAGCACGCCAGUGUACACGCAUGAAGCCAUGGGUUUCUUAUGCGACGUGUUUCCAUCUCUAUACAAAUUCCAUGCGUAUUUGUUGGCAUCGCGACAGCGCACCAACACAUCGUUGCUCUCGCUACGGCAUCCAUGGGAAAGCAUGGCGGCUAUCAAUCCCGGCUGGAAGUCCGCGCUGGCGUCCGUCAAAGCUGCCGCCGACUUUGCCCAAGUGAUUAGUCGUCUACAGGUGCCGACGGUCACCGCCCAGGCGUUUGUGGCCCAAGCGGCCGUGUUCUAUCCAGCCUCGUCCCAUGACGAGAUUAUCCAAGACAUUUACUACCCCAUGCUGUACCUAGCCAGCUGCGUUGGCAACAACUCGACCAUCACGUCCAAAUGUGCGACGACGUUUGACGUGGUGGACAUUGAAUUCAACACAAUCUUCUUGCGGUCGGCCGAGGCGCUGGCCGAAAUGGCCACGUUGCUGUACCAGCCUGUGACAAAGCUCGGGUUUUCGUGUCCCGUCCCGAACAAGGUGGAAGUGCAGAACCUGGCGGCGGUGGUCACGACCCUCUCUGCGACGUUGCAAAGCGAGCUGUGGGAUCCCGUGGAUUUGAUUUUCAAGAGUAAUAGCCACAAGUACAUCACGGGCAUGCUUCCGUUAUAUGCGACAAAGUUGGACGAAUCCAUUCAAAUGGGGCUCAUCUCGCACAUUUUACCGACGCCCAACACGUUUCACUACCUCUGCGACGUGUUCCCUGUGUCGAUUUAUCCGUGUGAAGAGUCCACCAUGGCUUCCGGUACUCAGUCCUCACACAUUCUCGUUGCACUGUAUCACAUACUCUCUCCUUGCACUGUAUCACAUACUGGCAGGUCUCGCGACAGCCGCUGGACCAACCCCCCGCAUUGGGUUGUUGAUUCAAAACUACCUGUUAUAUCGUGGACUUAUCAAGGUAGUUUGCCAACUGAUUCGUGCCACUUCGUAGACUUGAGAUGUUGCACGGAUGUUGUUAUGUAUUUCUGCGAUAGAACGCGAUGCACGGUAUCGCACGGUACUUGAUGCAUCGCACGUUUGCGUUGACGAUCCCCACAGUAGCCUCCAAGUAUCAUUUUGUGACUGUAUUCGACACAUCGUCCGGCCAGCCGCCGUCGUCCGCGCACUGGACGUCGUCGUCGUCCUUGUCGGCAGCGAUCGUGUUGAACAUGGGGCUUCCCGACGUGACGAUGCCGCCGUCACCCGACACGCCGCCCAUCGACCGCGAUGCGAUUUUGAUUGUCAUGUGCAUCGAGUUGGUGGUGGCCAUGGCUGUGGCCGUGAGUUGUGUCGUGUUUUCCGUCUACUUUGUCGUCAAGCGGCCGCGAGAGGAGCUCGCAAUGACGGCGCCACGGGGUUCAGAACGAGGGGGCGCUGCGGCGGCGGCGAGUCCGGAGCCAACGUCCGGGCCGUCCGGACUUCCCGGGUCGCCGGACAAGCGAUACUUGGAGGAGUCUCUGCUCUCUGACGAUGAUGACCACGACGAAUAUGGAUCGUUUCUGUCGUCACCAGUGCUCAAACCCGCCGUGGGGAUGUGGUCGUCGAUGAAAGGGUUUGUGUCGAGCAUCAGUCCAUGGGGCUAGCGACUAGCAAAUAGCUUACGAAAUAUCAAUAUUGAUGUUUUGAAUAUUAAAAAAAAAUAUCAUCUAUUGAUUGUUUAUCCGUGG